AUGGAUCAUGCGCGACCUCGAUUAAGAACUGAUCCACAUAUUGAGAGGAAAGGCAUCUAUGACUACGAUGAUGGUACAAAAACACGAGAAGAGAUGCUCAAGGACACAUUUAGGAUAACAUAUAUUAAGGACCAUAGUCAACAACUCCAAAAAGAUGGAUGUGACGUCAGAGGGUACUACACGUGGUCAUUACUAGACAAUUUCGAGUGGGAGUAUGGAUAUUCAACUAGGUUCGGUUUGUACUAUGUUGAUUACGACAACAAUCUCGAACGUUAUCCCAAAUCUUCCGUUAACUGGUUCAAGCACUUUCUCAAAAGACCGAUCGUAAAAAGUGAAGAAACAGAGAAUGAAGAAGUAUGUAAUGAGUCACGUGAGGAAGAAAAUAAUGAUGAGACUUUGGAUGGUUCAAAAGAUUUCGAGACAUCGAUUGAUGCUAUUCUCGAUCGCGUAAAAAACGGAUCAAGAAUAGAAGAAUAG